AUGUCAAAGGAAGAGCAAGUUCAGACUGACUUGGGUGACUUCUCCACAUUCAGUUUGAAGAUUUUUGAAAGGUGUUCAUCUACAGUCAGGAACAUGGGUCCCAAACAAGCAGCGGCCGAAAAGAGGACCAAGGAAAAGAUCACCGUUGUGAUGAAGAAGGAGAUCAUCCGAAAGCAUGAUGACGGCAUGCGGGUAACAGACCUCGCCAGGGAGUACGGGAGGAAUACAUCAACCAUCGGGACCAUCUUGAAGAUGAGGGAGAAGAUCCUUGCGAUGGAUGCAGCCAAGGGAGUCACCAGGAUCAUGCCCAACCGGCCAGCUGUUCUUGAGGAGGUCGAGAAGUUGCUCCUCAUCUGGAUGAAGGAGAAGCAGCGUGCAGGGGACACAGUGACCGAGGCUGUCAUUUGUGAGAAAGCCAAGGCCUUGCAUGCAGACCUCAUCCAGCAACAGGCAGGAUCCUCAGACGCAGAACCAGAGGUCUUCAAGGCGAGCAGGGGCUGGUUUGAAAGGUUUAAAACCAGAUCCGGAGUUCACAGCGUGGUCAGGCAUGGAGAGGCGGCCAGUUCGGAUGCUCCUGCAGCUGAGAAGUUUGCCCCGGAGUUCCUUCAGGUCGUGGCUGAUCAGGGCUACCUUCCACAGCAGGUCUUCAACUGUGACGAGACCGGGCUGUUUUGGAAGAGGAUGCCCAAAAGGACCUUCCUCACUCAAGAGGAGGCCAAGCUGCCUGGCCACAAGCCCAUGAAGGACCGUCUGACCCUCCUCUUCUGUGCCAACGCCAGCGGGGACCUGAAAAUCAAGCCCAUGCUGGUGUACCAGUCAGAGAACCCACGGGCCUUCAAGAAACACAAGAUCGACAAAGGCAAGCUGAGAGUGCUGUGGCGAUCCAACAGUAAGGUUUGGGUCACAUGCGUCCUCUUUGUGGAGUGGGUCAAUCUGGUUUUUGACCCUGCUGUCAAGCAGUACCUGCUGGACAAGGACCUGCCACUGAAGGCCAUGCUUCUGAUGGAUAAUGCUCCUGCUCAUCCUCCAGGCCUUGAAGACGAGUUGCUGCAGGACUUCCGCUUCAUCAAGAGCAUGUUCCUGCCGCCUAACACCACCCCACUUCUGCAGCCGAUGGAUCAGCAGGUCAUCACCAACUUCAAGAAGCUCUACACCAGGGAGCUUUUCAGGCGCUGCUUCGAGGUGACCGACACCACCAACCUCACCCUGCGCGAUUUUUGGAAGAACCACUUCGACAUCGCCGGCUGCGUGAGGAUGAUCGUCACGGCCUGGGACAGGGUCAGCCAGAGAGUCCUGAACUCUGCUUGGCGCAAGCUGUGGCCAGACUGUGUGGCAAAAAUAGACACUGGUGCUUCUGCGCCUGCACCAGAGACAACAGUGCUGGAGGACAUUGUUUCAUUGGCGAGGGACAUUGGCCUUGAGGUCACAGUGGAGGACGUCUGCGAGCUGCUGGAGGAGCACGACCAAGACCAGGAGCUGAGCACCGAGGAGCUGGUCGAACUGCAGGCAGAGGCUACGCAGGAGGAGACCCAGACCCCUUUGGAAGAGGAAGAGGCGGAAGUUGAAGAGCACGUGUCAUCCACAGAACUGAAGGACAUCUGUCGACAGUGGGAAAGUGUGCAGAGGUUUGCACGCCAACACCACCCAGACAAGAGCCUGGCACGUGACCUUGCAAACACUUUCGAUACAAGAGUCAUGUCCUCUUUCAGAGGGAUCCUGAAAAGGCGGCAGAAGCAGCAGUCCAUGGACAGGUUCGUCACGAAGAAGCCCAGAGUGGAAGGGGAACCUGCUGCUCCUGAGGCUAGCCAGCCUGAGACUGUUGCUGCCUGCUCUUCAGCGCCUUCAACCAGCUCUGCCACCUGA